GCCAUACGAGUCAAACUAACAUAUAGGGAUGACUAACGUAAUGACGACUUCUUUUGACUACACACAACACUGUUUAUUGGUUUAUUAGUAACUUUAAUUAAGCACGGAGACAUUUAUUAGCUGGAGAAGAGCGGUUUUCCAAUGAGUUUGAUGGAGAUGGUAAAGUAUGGUAUGAGAUUUUAUAGAAACAUUUGGAGUCAUCCGUAGAACUCAUGAACCAUAACCGACAAACCGAUGAACAUCUGAAUCACACAUUCCUUGUCGACCAAGUAUACAUCUUAUUUCUCAUCGUUGAAACGUUUUCACGAGACUCCAUCCACAAACAUCAUACGAGAGAUGUGUUUAGGACUUUCUAAGGGUUAUGGUGUGUUUCCUUUUCUACGUAAAUUAGGGUUUAGAGUUUUAGUGUUUUGGCCCUUUUUUUUUUUUUUUUUUUUUAGGUUUGAUUAUAUACAAGGGUCGAUCUCUUAUGAUCAAAUUAGGGUUUUGAGUAACUAUGGAGCCAAAAGAAAAGAAGAAGAGGAAGACAAACUGCAAAAAAAGCAGAAUACAAUCGAUUCCUACAGACCUAACCAUAGAGAUACUCUCAAGGCUGCCUGAGAAAUCUGUGGCUAGGUUUAGUUGUGUGUCCAAGCUUUGGUCAUCAAUCACCUCGGACCCAUCUUUUCCACGGUCGCGCCUUCUACUCUGCUUCCAAAAACAUAAUGACUUGUUUGUUUCAUCUAUUCCACAUCAUAAUCCGAACUCGAACAGGUCCUACUCUUCUUCUCUGUCUUUUGAUCAUCAUCAUAUGACGAAACUCCCACUACAUUUUGAUCGCUACCAAUCCACAUCUGGCUUGAUCUGCUUUGUUUUAAAUAAUCCUAUAGUUUGGAACCCUAGCACGAGACAGUCCAUAACUUUACCAGCUAUACCCACGCCAUGUAAGGACUGGAACAAAGUAGAACUCUUUUUAGGGUAUGAUCCCAUUGAAGGUAAACACAAACUAGUGUGCGUUCCCUACAAAAGGACUUGUUAUGUGUGCCGAGUUUUUACAUUGGGAUCAUCUCAAGAAUCAUGGAGAACGGUCAAAACUAAUUGUCGGCAUCGUCCUACCGGUUAUACCUAUGGGCAAUGCAUCGAGGGUGUGAUAUAUUAUCUAGCAUCUAGUCUUGAGGGGGACGAUAGAGUUGUAAUGAGCUUCGAUGUCAGAUCUGAAAAGUUUGAUAUGAUAAGACUACCUUCGAACUCUGACUGGGACGUGCUGAUAACAUAUAAGGGAAGGUUGGGUUUAUGUAGGGAAAUACAUUAUGGAAUAACGCAUAUAAGAUUAUGGAUUUUGAAGGAUGCAGAGAAACACAACUGGUCGGGACAAGACUUUCUUUUACCUUUUGAACCUUUUGGUGACUUAGAUGCUUGGAGUUUCAAACUAAAAGGUUUUACUCAUGCUGGUGAGUUUAUUUAUGUACCGGAAAUGACUAGCCAAUCGUCUUAUAUUUUAUUAUGUGAUCCGGUGAGAAACAGCUGGAGAAAAUUUGAAUUUAAAGGAAUAGCAGACGAGGUAUCUGUCCAUAAUGGAGUUGUUGAAGAAGAAGAGGAAAAACAAGAUGAUGAACACCGACCUAUGUAUGCGCUCCUUGCUUUUCCGAAUCACAUUGAUAGUCAAAUAUCUUAGUAACAAUUUGCUGCUGUUUUCUUUUUCCUUUGAAUGAUAUUCUUAUGCCAACUUUAUGAUUUUCUUAUAAUAUAUUUUUCUGAGCCUCUACUUUGAUUCUAUAUAUCCCGUUUCAUUACCAGUUCAUUGUGAUUCACAUUGAUAGUCAAGUGUCUUUGUUACAAUCUGCUUUUCCGUUUUUCCUUGGAAUGACACUCGUAUGCAACUUCAUGAUUUUUAUAAAUAUUUUUUUUUUGGAGUCUUUACUUUGAUUCUAUCCCAUUUCAUUACCAGUUCUCUGUAUGUAAAAGAGAGUAUAAACACGAAUUGCUUUAAGUGACAUUAUGUUGAAUCUCUUAACAUUUGCACCCAAAAAAAAACAUUAUGUUGACACCUUUUUUAAGUUUGAACCUCAAGCUUUUAGAUGUCAUACAAACCCGAUCACCUCACCUCAUAUAUGAACCUAACAUGGUAAGCAUAUA